AUGACCAAGAACAGGAGGAGCAGUUUCGGUGUCAACACCUCCAGAAAUGGAAAGCACAGAACGACGGAGCAAGGGGCACAUCGAGCAACGAAGCGCAGGAUAGCAGACGCAGAAACUGCAGGCCCCACCAAGGACAAGCGCGUUGAGAUGGCAGGAACCGAGAUCGAUGAGGCGUGUGCGCAGUUCGAGAAGACGGAGGGUGUCCGCGGAUAUCGGCCCUUUGUCGAUCAAGAGGGCUUCGUGUACCUCCUCACAUUGGUGAGGAAGGACAUUCUGAAGAAUCGAUUGAGGAAGCAUCGCAUCAAGGUUCGUUAUGCGCCUCAUUUCCCUUCUCAGCACGGCAUCAAUUCCCCAAUAUGCCGCCAAAUCACAGAGAAGCGUCAGGGCUCGAAUGAUGGUGAGUCUCCUGUGCAGUAUCUGAGCUGCUCACUAGUUAACGUAGCCGAAGGCAAGCCUUUCGGAUGCUCUGAAGACUCUGGGUCAAACCUAAAACUUCCCCCUUGCCCAGUGCCACUGUACUACUUUCCCAAACCACACCCAUAUUCCUGGAACCCUGUCAUUGAAGGUUCCCUGCCUCGAUACCUCAGGCCAUCAAAUCCUAAGCUUCGUGUGCACAUCCCUGAUCCAUGGGCUCUGAGCCUGCAGCUGUUCGAGUCAGACUCGCUCCCAGUUAGCACCGUAUCUACCACACGCAACUCUUCCGCUUCGAGGCUCCCAGCAGAAGCCAGCUGCCGGGAUGCGAAGUCGUAUGCCUGCUACUCAAUCUUCACGCGAUCGGGACAGAUUCAUGUGCAGACGCUGGCCCCCGCUGGCAGCACGUUUGAUUUGGCAUGGGACAUGUUCUGUGAUUUCUUCAACAAGAGGGUGGGCGUCGAUUGGAAGAAUCUUCACAAUGAGCGGAGGAAGGGCAUUAACAUCGAACGACCCUUGAGAGAGAAAUUUCGCGGUGAAGAUGGAGCAUAUGAUUCCGGUUGCUUUCCUAUCUCGAAGCCAACCAAGCCACAGUUUCGUGAUGAAAGAGGCGAGGCAUUGGUCGAGUCCAUGGGGUCCAGGAGCAGGAAACCCAGCGUGACGGUACUGAUCAAUACAGGUGAGCCGAUUAUGGAUUGCCAAGUGGAAAUUCAGGCGAAGACUCCAGAGGGUGGAUGGUGA